AUGGAUCCUGUGCAAGAGCUUAUUGCGGGUGUUGGCCUCUCAGACGUGGAGGGCGGCCGCAGACCGGAGCAGGCGUCCUUGUCAGCAUCUUCGACGGCGUUCGACGCGUCCAGCGCACCCGCGCCUGCACCUCUUCUCCCUGCGGCACCGCCGCGGCGCACAAAGAUGGUGUUCUUGUACAGCGACGAGGAUGGCGUGGACGGUGAUGACGAUGACGAGGGCCGCAGAGUGACACAGUCUGCGAGCGGUGUAGCGGAGGUGCUGUGUGAUGACCACGCCAUCGCCGUCUCGGCGGACUCGCUCGCGGAAUUGCAAGCAGAGGCGGCCGAGGCGACAGCCGUGGGGGUUUCGGACGCUCAGACAUCUCUGUUGAACGCUAACGGCUUCUCCUUUGAAGAGGACGUGCUGAGCGGACUAGUCGGCGGCGCCUCUGCCUCUUGCACCACCGAUGGAGGGAUACGGGUGAGGGAGGUGACGGCACCGAGGUUGUGGGAGGGCGCCGUGGCGCCGGCUGCGUCCUCUUCUCUUCACGGCGGCGGCGAAGGUGCCGCCUCCUCGGCCGCAGACGAGUUGCCUCUCCUUCUGCGCCGGGGACUGCCGGCUGCUGACUUUGUGCUCCAGUCGCGACGCAAGCGCUUUCGUGAAGUGCCGGCGUCUGCCGGUGCGACGGUUCAGCCGUCACCCAAGGACGCUGCUGCGGCUGCGGCUGCCGGUGAGUCUGCGGCGGCGAGUUCAGAAGCCGCGGCCGAGUCGGCCCCACAAGAUCCGUCUUCUUCCUCAGAGCUGCAUGUUGGCCACCCCCAAGGGGGGCAGCGGGACGACGGCAGUGACAGCGUCGAGGUGGAAGUGGAGGAGGAGCUCGACGUGUACCCGGUGUACGAGGAAAACGGCAGGACAGUGCGUGCUCUGCGAACGCGCUGCGGGUACGAGCUUACCUUGGACGAGCGCGACUUGCUCGAGGACUGGGCAGAGGGGGAUGAGGAGGAUACGGGGGAGGGGUGCGCAGAUAAGGGCGAGGACGCAGCACCGCCUGCCGCCGCUGCUGUAACCGAGGAGAACAAGCAGACCGAUGAUGGCGAUCAUGUCGUGUACAGUCAUGAUGCUCCAUCGACGACGAGGGCUGCGCAGACUGCCAACUCGGCAGCCGCAGCUGCCGCAGAUGAAGACGACGAAGAUGCAGGCGCGGACUUGCCGGUGCAGGUAGAGGCGGAGGACUGGGGUGACUUCCGUGACUUCGACGAGGAGGAGGACGAAGAGGAGGCUGAGCUCGACGAGGCAAUCAUUGUCGCUGUGGUGGAGCAGCUGGUGCGCUGCUGCGAGGCUGACGAUUUGGACCCGCAGAUAAGCGUCGAGGCGGCUCGCUUCAUCGGCGCCGCCAAGCCGCUGCUGGAGCAGCUGACCAACGAGGUGAUCAGCCCAGCCGAGUUCGUCCAAUGCAUGGAGCGCGACCUGCGCCGCUUCCAGCGCAUCUACAAGAGCAUCUACCGCCCCCGUGACUCACCGAUUGUGAUUGACGGCGUCGUGACCGAUUUAUGA